GUGCAAAACUGAACAACGCCUUGAAGACGCCCCCUUCUUCCGCAAAGCUUUUGUUGUCUCUUAGAGAUCCACGCGGACCUACCAAAAUAAGUAACCCACCAACUCAAUCUACCUAUACUACCUAUGCCAUCGCAUCUCCAGCAGUUCCUAAUAGAUAUUGAUACGGAACUGGAAAAGUGGGAGAUGAAACAUGAGACAGAAUAUACUGCUACAACGGCGCGACCAGAUACCCUACAGAAGUGUAGCGCAGAGGGGCAGAUGGCUGCCCUGAAAAGUCAGAGAGAGAAUGUUCUGAUGAAGCAAUUUCCAGAUCUCUCGCAGCGCACAGGAAUUUUCCGAGCGGUUGGGCCACCCGGAUCAUACAUAGGGGGCACAAGUGAUCAGAUAGUUAUCCCCAUUCGAAUCACGAAGGACAGCGUAUACAUAACCCCCAAUACGAACACUCCCCAGAUCGCAAAAGUAUCUCUUUGGGCCAUGCUAUCUUCUGCGCCGCUGGGCAGUCGGCAUAUAUCAGCGACGGCGUGAGUUAUGUAGCGUGGAUGCCAUAAGAGGCUAGUCGGUUUGUUGGAGGGGAAUAUUGGAGAGGUUGGUUGGCAUGCCGGCGGGCCAUGCGAAAAUGCCGCCCUAUCUUAGCAAUGCUAUAUUCUGCUGCAGCCCCUAAUCUAGCU